CUUUGACAAACUUAAGAAGAAUACUCAGCGAAAUAUGCAUUCAUUAUAUUUACCUUUCCUCGUUCUACUUGGAACACUGAGCAUAGUCGAUUGUCUGGAAUGCUACUCAUGUUCGGGUGUGUCAUCAGUCAACAACUGUAUAUCAACAACGCAAUGUCGAACUGGACAGUCAUGUUAUACAAACUCCUUUACAUCUGGACAAGACACAAAGUUAACAAUGGGCUGCACUAAUAACGAACAAUGCGGUAUUCAAUCAGGAAUUGUUGGUCGGGACGUUAGUGAACGAGAAACGAGCUGCCAUGAAUGCUGCAGUACAGAGAGAUGUAACUAUCAACUAUGUAUCCACUUUAAACCUACAACGUGUAUGGACGAUGUGAAAGUAGAUUGUGCUUACUUAAAUGCAAUGUUCAACAUAUGCAAAGACAUUCAGCAUUCGAAAAAUGUCUGUCCGAAAUUCUGCGGCCUCUGUACAUUAGUGGAUGGAAACUGGGCAGAAUGGUCGCAAUGGUCGGCUUGUGACGUGACAUGUGAAAAAGGGCUGCAGACAAGAAAAAGAACAUGUACUAACCCUGCACCUGCGCACCAUGGCCUUGACUGUGUUGGAAAUAAAACAGAUACAAAAACAUGUUUAAACCAGCCAUGUCCUAUUCACGGUGGAUGGACAGGAUGGGAAAAUUGGGGCGCAUGCUCAGUAACAUGCGAUGUUGGGGUACAGAGAAGGGUUCGUAAUUGCACAAAUCCUUAUCCUUCACGCUUUGGAGAUCAUUGCUUCGGAGAUCCAUUGGAAUACAAAAUAUGUAUGCAAGGUCCAUGUACAAACGGAGGAUGGUCUACUUGGGGAACGUGGACAACUUGCUCGGCAACAUGUGAUGGAGGUUUGCGAUCAAGAUUCAGAAAUUGUACAAAUCCAUCACCAUCUCUACAUGGACAAUAUUGUGCUGGACCAGUGACAGAGAUGGAAGAUUGCAACCAGAAACAAUGCGUCUCUGAAGUGGUGUUUCUCGCGCAUGCCCUUAGCACAUACAGUGUAAGUAGUGGUGAGAGAUUCAUCUUUACAACAAAUCUCGUCAACGUGGGCGGAGCAUACAGCAAUGCAAAUGGAUACUUUACAGCACCGGUGGGCGGAUCUUAUUCUUUUAGUUACCAGUUCUGCUUUUCCACCACUGGUAAACAUAUGUAUGUUAAUAUUAUGAUUAACAACACUUAUUACUCCGCUUCUCAUUAUUAUGAGGCACAAACAAACGUCUGCAAUUCAUCGAAAAUAUUUGUUUAUCUUAAAAAGGGCGACAGGGUAUGGGUGAAAUGUCACAGUGCAACGAGUGGCACUCAGUUGUAUGAGAACUCACAACACAUGAAUACAUUUUCUGGUAUUUUAAUUCGUACGUAGACUGAUUUACUAUUUUCACCCAUUAGCCUAUGAAAGGCUGUUUUAUUGUAAUCAAAUUACUUUAACCGAAUUAAGUUUAUGCAAUAUUAAUGAUGUAUUAGAAAGAUGUUUCAAAUAAUAACUUUAACAAGUAAUGGUCUUUUCUUUAAAUGUUGGACAUUAAUUUUGUUUAAAAUUGUAAAAAAAUGAUGAAUAAAAAUGUAA